CAGCUUUCUUCCGCCCAUGCGACCGCCUAAGAUGGAGGACAGGUGUGAACGGACUCCUAUGAGUAGGGGGCAAAGAAGUUACGUGGAUGGCUGCAACGUAUCAUAUGACAUGUGGAGUGCAUCGUGACAGCCACAAUGAGUGCUUCAGUGGCUAUCCUUCCGGGAUGUCAGGCACUGCUUUGUUUCCUGGCCAUCAUACUCCAACUAGUUUCACUGCCUGCAUCAUACUGGGGGACGUUUGCUGCGAAAUAUGACUACGGGUCCGUAUUUGAGCGAGGCCAUUUUGGGCUGUGGACCGUGUGCUCGGAGCGUAUUCCUUUCUUCUACGAGGACUGCAACAGUCUGGACACCUAUCUGAAGCUGACUGGGCACAGUUCGGCUGCGGGGAUUAUCGGGGUGGUCCACCUACUUUGCCUGCUGGUUUUCCUUCCACUAGCUGUCGUUCGAGUAGUACAAGUCAUGCGGAACCUCGAAGACGGCUGCAUCAUCGCUCGCGUCAUGUGCCUUACCAAGAUCACUGUUGCCGCGGUGACCUUGACGCUAGCGGUGGUGGUCGUGAUCCUCAGUAGCAUCGGCACGGAUCAACCAGGGUUCUACGAAGUGCAGAAGGGCUGGGCCUUUUGGGUACAGGUGGUUGUCCUCGUCGUAGAUAUCUUCCUGGUCCUCAUCUGCUCUCUGGAAAACAUUCAGCACUGGCGUCUGCAGACUCUCCAGGAGGCCGCAACGUCCAGCAACUACCAGGACGACGACUUCUCCGAGACGUACAGCAACCCAAAUUUUGACCAACCUCCGUACGAUCCGCGUCAAGGGGUAGACGGGCAGAACGGCAGCGCAAUGUGCCCCACGCCUUCUCCCGUACCCCCUUCCAAGCGUGAUCCCCCAGGUGAGCCAUACUACGGCGACCUACACAGUGCGAGCAAUGGAAGGAACGGCACUAUUUUGAGCUCCGGCAGCCGUACGGUGAUAGCAGUCAAUGAUUUAACCUACCCCAACCCCGCGUUUGCGGAGCAGUCGCCAAAGAAUAAGAAGAAGCCCGACGAGCCAUCGUACGUUAACACGUAAUGGCGGUUGUACGUGUCCGAGUCUUUGGAACUCGACAGAGCUUAAGAAGUCAUAGCCAAUCCUGGAUCCAAGCCAUCGUGAAUCUCAAGCUUUAUUUGAACCUCCUCCAGCCGUUUCAUUUCUGCAGUGUCUCGCAUAGUUGCAUUAAUGUCGCUUCUCCCAUUCAAUCCAAUCGUCAGAACUCUGUUGUUAGAGUUCAGCCUGGAGCUCAGGGAGUGUAGCACUAAGUAAGGCAUUUUUUGUUUCUCUCUCUCUCUCUCUUUAAUGUAGAGUCAGAGUUUUUUCCUUUUUUCUUUUUUUUUCAUCACCCAUUCUGUAGGAAAAAUUUCUCCUUACUAAAUGAAAGAUGCCGUUAUCUUGAAAGCAACGCAACAGGUACGAGAUUCAUUCGUUUCAUUGUUUAUGACCUAUGUGCAAAUGAAACUGCAAUCUAUGCUUUCCCUUUGGCCUCCCAUUGGUUUCCUCAAUCGAUUUGCCCAAUCCAUACGGCAGAUAGUUUGAGGAGACCAAUGAAACGCUGCGUGAAGAAGAGAGAAAGUGCAGGUUACGGUUUUGUUCGCGUAUAAAUCACAAACAACAACUUCUUUCAACCUUCGAGGAGAAAUUUUUGCACUUUAGUGCCCCUUUAACAAACAAACAUGGGGCCUGUGAAGUAAGAGUAAAAUUUACUCAUUUGAAACGCACAAGGUGAAUGGGAUGACUGAAGCGAGAGUGGAGAAAAACUCCUAACCCUGUAAGCAGCAUGCCCCCUUGGUGUACACAUAGGGCUUGGACUUUUUUGGGAUUAUACCCGAUUACGCCUGAUCUUUAUCCCCCGAAUCAGAGCAGCAAAAACAGGGUUUAGCCCGACAUUUCCCCGAAAACUGCUGGACCAGGGAGAUCCAAAGUCAUCGCAACCAACGUAGAGCUUUGGAGACUGUGUUGUAAAUGCAUAAAUAUGAUCAUACAAACUGUGAAAACAGAGACCCUGCAGCAUCUUAGAUGCAUGGACUAAAUAUUGAUACUCUGUUUCUACUGGUUUACCAUGUGUAUUAUGCCGAGUAAGCAGAAGAUUUACACCCGAUUCAAUCCGAUUAAACCAGAAUUGGGUUGAAUGGGGUUCAGUUCAACCCGAUUAUACAGCAAAAUAUUAUAAGCAAAAUAUAACACGGUAUUUAUCCCCCGUAUGUUGCUGGAAAAUAUAACCCGAAAAAGUCUGGCCCUUUGUAUACAGCGCAUUCUGAUAAUUGGUGCUUCCUGGCGUUCCGUCUGUGGGUGUAACCCUCUGUUUCAAAAUUAUUUGAAACUUUUUUUUUUCUUUCACUCUUUAUCUGUUUUGCAACACGACUUUAUGACACCAUUUUUUUCUCAAAAAAAGAUUCAAUUGACAUCACAUGUGGCAUGUCGAAGAAUGGUUAUCGCAUGCCUUCGUUCGUCGAUGGCAGUAUGUGGCAUUUAGUAGUACUUUUAAAACCACCAUUUCAUAAUCUUGGUAUUGCAUAAUGCUGUCAUUGAAGGUCAUCCUAAAUGGGCACAUUUCUUUGUGAACAUUGUACAUACUCACCUUGUGUUGUCUGCAAGAGGAUAUGGAAAACUGUGAAGGCGAUCAAAAAGGGUGGGUGGGUUUUACAGUGAGAGAUUACCUUGUAAUCAAUCUUGCUGCUUACAGCAGGUCUGAAGCAGAUAUAUUUUUAUUACAUUCGCAGUAUUUAUGAUCAUUGGGUGUUCUGUGGUGCUGUUGGACACAUCCCAAGGAAUUUCAGUGGGUGCUCAAGCACCAGAGGUCUCGAUUGCGAUGACACCAAUGUUUUUCAGUCAAUUGAUAUCUGGCUGCAAUGCACAGCAGGAACUUUUUACAGUGGCCAUAUUCAUGGUGGAUUAAUUUAUAUACAGGACUGUGAAUUUUUCACAGGAAUUGCAUUUAUUCCAAUUUAAAAGCAUUUAAAAUGUAUACAGUGUGUAUACCGUAUUUUCACGCGUAUUAGCCGCGGCUUAUGCGCGAUUUUUUUUUUCGCGGACGCUCUGCGGCUAAUCCACGGGUGCGGCUUAUCUGAUGGCUAUUUUUCCCUGGUAUUUUCCCCAUACCCCGGAUUAAACGAAAGGGCCGACAGUGCCUCAUGUUUUUCGAAACAGGAUCGCCCUGCCAGUGCACGAACAAUACCGAACAGGGGCGGGUCUACAUUCGAGUGGACUCACCUUCCGAAUACAUUCCCCCACGCAGCUUUAACAAAAGGGGUGACAGUGAUUAAUGUCUCCUGGAACACCACUAACUUGUCAAUCCACCAAAAACACGCAACAAGGGCACAAUCCGAUCAUAGUAGAACACUAGAACUGACCUCCUUUGUUAUACAUCAUGCCUAACCGGAAUGUGGACCACAGGGUUUAUGGCCUUCCCUACGGUCUCCUUUGUCGGCAGACCCACAGGAAGGGUUCAAUACACCUGACAUCGGGAUAAAACGUGGUCAGCUAAGCGUCAGUUCUCAUUUGACCUGAGCAGCAGCAUUCGUGGACACGGCAGUUAUAGGUAAGGCAUGGCUCCAUCGCGGCGGCACAGCUACGACAGCGGCUUCAAACUAAAAGUCGUCGACGUCGCGGACCAGCACGGGAACAGGGCAGCUGGCAGGGAGUACGGCGUCGACGAGCGUUGACAGUCUCUAUUGAUUUUGUUUGUGCAUCACUGGUUUAGCGCACAAAGCGGUCGCGUCGUAUUACCCGCGGCUUAUCUGUGAGUGCGGCUUAUCUGCAAAAACAUUUUCAAAAUGUAUCGAAAAACAGGUCCUGCGGCUUAUACGCGGUGCGGCUAAUACGCGUGAAAAUACGGUACUUGCAUAAUUAAUGCGCUUCCACAAUUAAUGUGAGCGCCCAAAUGCUGGCAAUUUUCUCUUCCUCGCGCAUCUAAUCCACCUCGACUUCCACUGGCGUUGCUCGUAUUGCUGACAGCCACCGCAGCAUCAUAGGAAAAGCGGGGGGCACAACGGUGCAUCUUGUAGAGGAGGAGGAGGAGGAAGGCCAUGCUAGCCAACAAAUGAGUCAGACUUUUAAAUAUGGAAGCUUAGGCAGCCUGAGCCGAAGCCGACCUGAUCCAUCAGUUUGCCUGCAUAUGUUGUAUUUUAUCAAUGAGCAUUUUAUCAAUGCUCAACUUUGUUGCACCCAACCCACAACUAAAUACGUGCUUGGAGACAAAUCGAGAUAAGAAGACAUGGAAGUCACAGAAGACAUCACAGUAAGCAUUUGCUUACUGUGAUGCAGCAUUUAUGGGGUAGCCUGUUUGAGUUUGACAGGAUCCUAAAGAAGUUGACCUUUUAGAAGACCAGAGUCUAGGUUGUGCAAACAGAUCUUGACGUGAUGUCAUGCACAGGCAGAGCCAGAAUAUUUUUGCUUUUGCAUUUAGCUUGUGGUGUUUGUUACUUUGUAAGGAGGUAGGUAUGCCUCACCAGCAUGUACUUGAGAAGAGCAAUACGUUUGUUAUGCAUUGCCAGCUAUGUGCUUACAGGGGUUGUAACCAAAGGAAGUGCCUGGCACCUGCACAUGCUUGCGAAGCGGCAUAUGCUGGUGUCGUAGUGUGUAAGGAGUGGAGUUCAAAGAUUGUUAUGCAAGUAGCCUUAUACCCUGCCAUGUUGUUGAAGUCUUUGGAGACGUUCGUUGUUGUUAUGCAAUGGCUGUUGUGAGAGAAAGCAGUCUGUCCGUCUGUCUGUCACAAAAGUGUUUCUCCACAGUGGCAAUGUUCAGCUGCCGAAUGGCUGUCGCUGGAGGUAUGAAGUUGAACGGCAACAGGAUGUGCAUUUUAUAUACGCAUGUUGAAAGUUUACGCACGCUUUCGGUCGUAGUCUACAUUCCAGUCAAGUGAUCAUCUGACCUGUCAAAGGCUUCUCAGGUUUUUGCAAAAGCUUUUUCCUUUCCCAUUUCGUGUGUGGUCUGAUGGCAGGAUUUGUACGAGGUAAAAAAACUAGCUAACUUGUUCAGUCUGAAUGAGCUUGAGCUGUCCUGUCUGCGGCAGUAUUAAGAUGGUCUAUUUAUUGUUGUGGAGCACAAUCACCGAGGCACAGUACAGGGUUAUUGCUUCAACUGUGUCUCCCAUGUUUACAGCCACCAGUGCACUGUCAUCAGAAAGUCAAUACGCUAUGCAAGUAGGUCAGCCUUUCGCGCAGCCCCUCAGCUUUUCCCUUUCCCCUUGUGCACAUAGAACAGUCUCAUUGUAUCGCUCUCAAAUAAGGUACCACAACAACUGCACAUGAAGUCCAUGUUGCUUCAUCAUUAUCGCCAUGGUGUUGUGGCCCGUCUGCGAAUGUCCCCCUAUUGCUGCUUUCUGAGUGGACAGGGGACUUUUUGUCACAUGCUUUCUCCAACCUUUGCUUCCUCUCGUGUGCAGAGACCUACUUCGUGACGUAUUCCCUGUAGUUUUCAAAUCCUAAGCUGUGUGAAGCUCCAGCUGGUGGCAGAAUAUGGUUAUUACGCCUUUUCAAUAAUGUGGCAGCAUGCAUGUCGUGGCCCUCCAGUGUCGUUUAUCACAUCAGUACUCUGUUGUUGUAACAUUGUAGGUACAUAUGUCGUAUCAUGGAAGCCAUUUGCAAUAAUUUGUCCGAAGUGCUGUAGAAAAUCGAACACCAUGACAUGACCACUCAGACAUAUGCUAGACAUGAGAAUAGGCAAUGACAACAAGGCAACAGUGCAUCAUAUAAGCCGCAUAAUGCCUUGUGCCCACGAACAAGCUGGUCCGACGACUUAUCCUGAAACCACAUUAUUGAGAAUCUGUACAUGAAUUCCACAUUCCCUGCUGGGGAAUAACUGCUAGGACUGUAUUUGGAUUGUUUGGCAGCUUGUGUCAUCGUUACCAAAAUUUGAUAAGAAGCUUGACCUUCGAAAUUUUUCGACGAUCACGGUGUUGUCCUUUAUGUAUAUGGUUGUGAGCUGUCGUACUUGGGCAUUGUGACCACUGUCUUGCUCACUUUCAGUUUUUGGCAUAGAAUGUACCAUGGAGAGCUUGUUCGACUAAAAACUAGUGUUCUGGAAGUUCCAAACAUGAUCACAUCACACUGUCACAUGUGCACAAGAAGUUGUAACUUGGUCACGUGACUCACUUUACCGCCCCUCCUCUCGUCCUUCUGUCGUCGCUAACUAGACUCAUGAACGAAGGAGCGUUACAGUACAAAAACAAUUAAUCAAUCAAACCAAUUUUGCACUGUAUACUUUCCCUAUAGCCUGAGUAUUUCCACCACGGUUGAUAAGCACCAGCUCGCCCUCCACACGUGAUAUGCAAUGCCAGAACCGAUUAUGCGUUACGAUUUUCUGAGGCCUUGCAACGAGGCAAUCCGCGUGCCUCACAUUGUGUACUCCUCAAAGUAUUGUUUCUCUAUCUGAUGCCAAAGUAUCAUAAAAUUAACUUACAGUUUUGAGAAAUAUGACAUCACAGGGUGCGUAAUCUGAUAUUCAUCUGGCAGCAUUGCAGCUCGAAGGCCGAUUUACGUCCCCUCACGACAAUUGCUGGAAGUCUUCCAACGUGGGGCGGAGAUCGAAGAUCGGAAAGGUGCGCGUGCCGUUAGUAGGAGGUAGACACCGCGGAGCCGGCGGUGACGUCACCAACUCUUGGAGAAUCCGAAACUAUGAAGUUUUGUGGUUUCUUUCGAAAAUUCGUGGAGGCGCGUAAUGUUCACUGACGGCGUUCAUAUUUUGCGUACCAAGUCUGAGCGAAGUUUAUUUAUGCGACAGCAUUAUUGGACCACCCCCACGGAAAUCCCAGUGGUCCGCGCCGAAAGCUCCGCUCGGACGAUAGAUGGCGCCACGGGAACCGUGGCCGCGAAGGCGUUUAGCGUUUGUGGCAAGGUAUUCAGAGUGACUCCUCCCGUAUACAGCUCUGCGUGCAGAGGGUAGCCUGAGAACCGGCUGGCGGCACCCCAUAUAGUUUCACAUCGUGCGACUGAGAGACGAGGAGUGCCUGGUAAAGCAUAACGCCGGGCGUGUUAUCGCUAGGCGGCUGCGGGCGUUAUAUUAGACCCCUAGCGGUCCUUUGGGUUUCUUGAAUAAUAAUUAAAUGUUACUCUUUCAAGCAAGACUGCCAAUGCGGGAGAGCGACGUCUUGCUGGCGACGUCGCGGCGUGGGUCUGCCGACAUGAACAAAACGAUCGUUCUCGGAUUUCCCGUGUUGGUUGCCGUUGUCUACCCGUUGCAGUAAAUCCAUUUAGGCCUGUCGUUAUCCUCGCAGGUUUCAUGUGAAUGCUUCAGAUCGUUAAAAUCAAUGGCUCUCGAAAUACAUGGUAAAAAAGAAAGAAAAAGCUAGUGUGAUUUAUGCGUCAUCCACUCGAGGUGCCUGCCACCGGUAACGACAGACAAUCGACUUUGUUUUAUGGUGAACUUGCCACGCUGAAACGUACCGAUUCUGUUUGCUAGAGGACUGAACAGGCUGACGUGCUCGGGUUAUAUAACGUGUUUCAGCACUCAUAAGUCGUUACUCCGCAUAUGCUAAACCCGUGUACACAACGAAGAAGAAACAAAUAAGAUCGGCUCGAAAAAAAAAAAAGGUAUCAUCUCAUUCGGUCCGGUGGAUCUUAUUUCUUGACGUCAAACUCCACAGCGCGUUAUCCUCUCUGGCAUUACAUCGUUCAUAACGCAUUGCAGUUCUGCUCCCACAUUUUACCCAUAUCUGCAAACCGAUUCAACCUAGCAGUGCAACGAUUGUUAUCGCUUUGCUCCUUGUUGCAUCAGCAGGGAGACCGCUAAUUUUUUUUAUUACGAAAUGAAACACAUUCUUUUCAAGCGCGUAGUGGCACUUUAAGGUGUAAACUGGACUUUCGAAUCAUAGCACCUGUUCAAGAUAAAUAUUCUCGUUCUCGACGAAAACAGCGUCACACUUGGACCCACUGGGGCGAGGUGCCAGUGUCGCGGGAUGAGCUCGAGAACAUCCCCAACGAGCAUCCGCUGCUUGCUGACACUAGUUACCGGCAUGACCGUGAACGUGCGAAAGCCUGACGCAGCCACUCCCCUGAGGCUUCAAAACCUUGACUGCGACGAAGUUCGAAGCGAAGUGGUCGCCCCCCCACAGCGGUUGGCACGGCCUUCUCGUUUGCUCAUUCAAGCUUACGCUCGGCGAAGAUUGACCGCCGAUAAUACGUGAAGAUAACGAUCAGCGUAAGCAGUAGCUUUCUGGCUGCGAGCGCUUCUGCGUGUGAGAAAGAACACGCCCCGUGUAUCACAAACUAACGUGGUUAGCGCAGUAGCGGCGAUGUCUGCGGGCAUGGAGAGGCGUGAUGUUUGCUCAGGGGCGAAUCUGCCUGUCCUGGACUAUAACUUCGAGGAAAAAAUCGCGUGAAGGCUGUCUUGAAAACAGAGAAGUUGACCAUUACUAUAACAUGAUGUUGCCAUUUCGUGCAUGCUUCGCUGUUGAGAUCAAACCGCGACGAUUGCUGGUGGGAAUCGAAAAUGACGGUGCAAGCAACGCCGUCGCAAGCUUCAGAUCGUGACGUCUUGACUGUAAAUCUGACAGUGACCGACGGAUGGUCUCUAUAUUCAUCGUCGUACCAGUGAUUUGGGUACCAGUACCGCGUAAAAAUUUUCUUUGAGAAAAUGCGUGAUCUGUCAGGAACGAAAACGAAUGUGCGUUACACAGGGUGAAAGCGCUGCACCCAGGGUUUGAGACCGUAUUGUGGAGACUGUGUGGGCGGCACGACUGGCAGCAACCGACGACGGCUCGUAUGCACGAUUAUACGGCCGCCGAGCUGCGUUGUUCAGACCAGUUUCACACGACCGUUUUUCUCGUCCGUGUUUUUAACGGGAGCAAAACGGACCCAUGAGAACGUACGGGGCUCGAUUGCCCUAAGCUUCUAUUUUUGAAGGGAACGGAUUCGUGAAAGAGCUCGUCUGCAUCAGACCAUCGCAGCAGAAGGCGUGUGGCUACGAGUAGCAACCAGUGAUUUAUCCACCCCCACACACACCCCACCUACCCACACACCCCAAAAAAUAAUCUGGUAGACGCACCCCUAAAAUUUUGUACGAUUACGCAAUAUUUCGUCAAAGACGAUAAAAUUACGUGGGCGUAGCCUGCAUGUUGUGACGUAACACAGCCCUUGCGGCGAGGCUCGUUUAUAUGGCUACGAUCGCUGAUUGGUGGGACCCUUAAUAAUACGUCACGUCGGUUGGCUUUUCCCGUGCUGCAAGUGUAACUCGUCGAUUUGCAGCGAAGUGUUCACCGGUGACACACUAAAUGCUACCAUGAUUAAGCGUAAUCAUGCGUAGCACUUCUCCUAGUCAAUGCUGUAGUGAGACGUCAAUGUCGUGUAAGGACUGUGGGCUUCAUGCUUGUUGCCGAAGAAAAUGGAACUGUUCAGAUAUAUUGUGCCAGUGAGCGUUGUCGUUCAGAUAGGUUAUUUAGGAGAUGCCAUGAAAUUAAGUUGUAGUCAGUGUCUCGGUGUUCCCCGUUCAAUGAUAUCUAGUAGAGAAGUUUGUGCAUGCGAUAUCUUUGUUCAUGUUUUGUCCGCCACAAUGCCACUUCAGAAACAUUCCAUUUCUUGAACACCUUUUAUUGAUGUGAGCGCACAACUGUUGUCCUAUGCGUCACUUUUUGUGACACCUUGACGUGACAUGUUCAAGCGUAUUUACAUUCGUUUUUAACUUCCUGAGUUAUCAGAUAUGCAUACUUUCUUUCGGAUGUUGUGUUUAUUGUGUUUGUUUAUUGCGAUGAUCCACGCGUCAUUCUUGAGCGGACUUUUCUAAGAAAGAGGUACCCGUGCGAGAGGCCUGGAUUUUUUGCUGCGUUAUGACAGUUCAGUUUCACAAUAUAAAUCGGGACUGUUUUAGUUUCGCUGUACAAAACGAUAAACACCGCAACUACUGUUCUUAUCUUUUUACCACUUGUGUCAACCGAACAUGACUUAAAGUUUCCACAUUCCCUGAUUUCGGUGUAAAUGAUAUAAGAAAAAUAAUUGUAAACUUCGAAAUUCCUGUAGGGUAGGCUUCCUUUGCACCCUCUGUGUUAUACGGGUAAGCAGACUCCCCGAACGCGAUAUUUGGAAGAUGGAUUUCUCGGUGUGCCAUUUUAUGCUGUUUUCUUUGAGAUCAAUGAGCGUAAAUGCCGUGUACAGGGAUUGAUUAAUUUCAGUUACACAUUCAGUCGUCACCGAAUUGAACUGCCACCGCCAGCAAUCGGAUGACGUGCUUUUCGAACAUUUUACACUGACUCUCGGAUCGACGUAUUUCUUCGUCUAUUUUCGAUUCAGUCUAGGAAUGUGAUUUUUUUUUAUAUAUAUCACAUCGCUUAUUGCGUCCAGACAUUCCGAAAGUAUCAAUAUAUACAAGUAAUGUUUUUAAAGGAAUUUUGUGUACAUAAAAUGACAAAUUCGUGUGCAAAGCGCGGCGUGCCUUCUAAUAUGGGUCGAUAUUUAUUUUUGUCUUCAAAGUUUAUCACUUGCGCCAGGUGGUUUUGUACAAUAACAAAUUUGAGUUGUGCUGUAUAUUUCUGUGAUGGGCCGGCCUUCUGUGUGCAUUUGCAUUCUUGGUGGGGCCAAUGUGUGAACGAUGCAACAUUUUCCUAAAAAGAUUGCUCUGAGGUCGACAGGAUUGCAGCAGAGUGUGUCACAUUUGUAUGCUUCUCUUUUAUAACAUUCUGCGUGUAUUUUAUUGAAUCUCGCGGUUACGUUAAAACGUACGUUGUGAGUACGCAAGUUGUGCACUUUGUGAUCUUUUGUCACUUUACACGCGUUAACAUUUGUAAUUUUUAUGAAAUUGUGUUUUAAUAAAAGGGUAAGCUUGCGUUGUCA